UCGAUCAUUGUGCGGCUACAAAGUAAACUUUCCCCGAGGUCCCGUGACAUUGACGUCAUCUUGUAUUUCGUAUCAGAAAACAAUUUUACUUCCCGAGAUGGUCGAGUUGACCCUGUUACAGGAGAGUUCAUUAUGUCGUUGAUGAACGCACUUUGUUGCUGUUUCAGCUCUCCGGAGACUCCCGUCACACAACCGAACGAGACACAACCUCUUUUGCAAGGGAAACCACAGUCUGCACGAAAAGCUCGUCCAGCACAUAAUGAAACACCCCAGAGAAGCGGCAGGUUUAUCGCCCGGCACGUUGGCAUCCCUGAACUGGACCAGCGCUUCAAGGAUGUGGCCGAGAUAUUCAACCUGCAGCAGGGGCACCGCGAGGCCAUGGCAGAAUGCCUCAGCGCACUCAGGGAUCGCUACGGCUGUUCCCAUGGAGACGGCCUGUCUGAGUACCUCAAGAGAAUCAAAGAAGAGCACGGCACGCACCACCAGGUCACCUUCCAGAUGAAAGGUUACGACUUCUCUCUGGCCGUGGUGCCGAAUGACGAGGUUCCUAGCAAGCUGCGCAGAACCCAAGACAGCAUCCGAGGGCUGUGCCAGGCCUCCAAGGCCAUCGUGGCCGCCAGCACCAAGCUCCAGGAGAUGAUUGGCUGGCUGACCAAGGCAGAGGAGCAGCUGGCCAAUCAGGUGCUGGAGGUGGCCCCCGCCUACCAGGAACAGCGGCGGCUGGAAGACAACCUGAAAGAGAACCUUCAGGAGUGCAGACGAGCCCGAGAGCUGUCCGCCACCUACAGGGAGGAGGCCGGGAAGAUCCUCAACGAAGCGGCGCUGCUGUCAGGGGUCAAUCCCUGAUGCGCACUCUGACUGUAAGGGGUCAACCCAUAGACAUAUUAUAUACUCUGACUGUAAGGGGUCAACCCAUAGACAUAUUAUAUACUCUGACUGUCCUCUGGCCAUCUGUACCCCCCAGUGGUUAUGGUCUAGAGUAGAGACUCAUUAGGCACACAGUAGGUGAUUCUGAGGUGCACUGAUAGCUUUGAAAAGAUGAGAGAUCUGUAAAGCCAUGGCAGGUCUAAAGGGAAGAGUCAGGCAUACAGUACAGUCAGGGACGCAACACUCAUGUCUGUGUGAGUCAGGAGGCUAGAUUUAGACACUGAUGCUACUGUAGUUCUAAGAUUCCCUGGUAGUCUGUUUUAGCCUGAUUUGCUGUCUGCCCCACAGUUAGACCAGAGGACAUAUUCCUCCAUAGCUCGCGUUUAGCAGUAGGCCAACUGGAAUAACCUAGGCUGGGUAAACUCUGCCUGAUCUGCCGGUGAUUUGGAUUUGGCCUUGCAGCUCAGGCUGGAAACCUGCACAUCUAUCUCUCCUGCUUCAUGUCCACAUCUGCUGGGUCCAAUCACAAACUUUUUCAAAAGGCGCACCUGGAUCGUUGGUCUGAUUGGCUUGACUAUUCAAAAGUGCACAGAGUCAUUCCAUAGCUUCCUUUUAGCAGUAGGCUAACUGGAAUAACCCACUCAAGUGACUUUUGCUAAGAUGUACACAAUGAAAAAAAAAUGCUGGAUUUACUUGAUUUUAUCAUGUACAUUGGUUGCACAUGAAUGAAAUGUCUAAGUUUACGAAAUUGAUUCAUGCUGUGACAACCUAAUCUGAUGAAUUUAUUCCAAUGAAAUUGAUUAAGUUAAGUUUACAUGAAGUAUUUAUGUAAUUUUCAAAGUCAUUGUGUACAGGUGGCAUGGAAAGUAGGCAUUCAAUUGUACUGAGUACUGCUUAGUAGGCGUUAUGAAGGCUACUUAGUAUUGCAUCAAUGUUAAGGGAACAUACAGUAGGUGAGGUCUUAAUAUGAAACAUGCUGAAUCUGUUGUGCCACAGUAUUCAGAAGCAUUCUUUGAAGAUGAAAACGUGCCAGAUCACCACUGAUGCUUUGUGCAUGUUCAAUGCCUAAUGUAAUCAUGGUGGGAGCAAGUAGUUAUCUCAAAGCAUAAUAACAUAAGAGUCAACUCAGCUCCAAAUGCUACUGGUCUCUAAAUGUAAUCCUCUACAAGAAACCCCAUGUGAAGAUGUUUUCUAACGCUGUAGCUGCGUGAUUAUCUCGGUGUUCAUGCAAAGGCUCAUGGGAACACAGUGAAAUGGUGGCAUCGCAUGUGUUCAUUUGCGGUACUGGUUCAGGUGCCUCACACUGAUCAGACAUGAUUAUGUUAGAUAGAUUCUUUGCUGUGACAAAAUAUGUCAGUUCAACAUAAUAACAUUGUGUUUGAAAAAAAAAAUUUGGUUUAAUUUCAUGUGUUGUGUUUAGUAAAUGGCCUGAAAAUUGUUGCCUUUUUAGAGUAAAUAAAGUAUUUCUUGGA